AUGCCGAAAUACGAGUCCCUCAUUGCCCCAGAAUUGGUCCACCCCGACCACCGUCGGCCGCCGCCCAUUCCAGCGAAACCGGGCCUCAGGUUUGCCGCAGCAGGGGACUGGAAUUCUUGGGUGGUGAAGCUGAGUUUCUCUCAGGGGUCUGACGCUUCAGGAACCGGCUUCUACAUCAACCUACCUGGCGCAGAACACGAUGUCAUUCUAACCGCCGGACACAAUCUCGUCGGCCCGGACGGCAAAAGGUCAGCCGACCUCCUCAUUCUAGACACCGAUGCCACGAAAAACAUUUCGGUGGCCGAGGAGAAUGUCAGAAUCAGCAACCGAUACCUCGCGCGUCCCAACGACUCCAACGCGGUCCACGAUUACGGCGCCAUUCUAAUCCCCCGCGAGAAAGACCAGCCGCCACGAGCGGGGUUCGGAUUUAGUCUGAUGUUAGGCAUCGAUCGGAAGGACAGAGGAACCAAGGAUCCGAAAGAUGAAUACUUAUCCGGCGAUGUCCGCGUUUGCGGGUAUCGCAGCGGCACGCCGCCAGGUAGACCCGACCUAAGCUCAGGUAGUUGCAUUAUCCGCCCUGACCAGCUCGAGUAUGAGGUGGAAACUCAGACGGGGCUGAGCGGUUCCCCGGUAUGGACGGCGUAUAACGGUGUGGAGACGGUUGUUGCUAUACACAACCACGGAAAAAACGAGUCGGGUAGAAGCCGCGGCACGCGCCUGAACCUCCGAGUAAUGCGCGACGUCUUCAGGUGGGCAGGAAUCGACCGCUUCCACAAAAGACUACGCGUCCAACAGCCCGGAGCACAUCCGGACGGGCUUUACCUCCACUUUGCCGAGGAGUAUACUAUUGGCGACGAUCAAGUGGGCAAAGUCUACGUUGGUGCCGACGGUAUGGAUACUACUUUUGACGUUCUGCUCGCCGAGGCACCGCCAAAUCCGCGUCUUCGUGAACUCAGGCCUCGAUUUGUCUUGAUGGCAAGAGUACCGUGGGCCGGGCACCAGCGAGAGUACGAAGAUCAAGGGGAGGAUUGGGUAGUUUGGGAUCUGGAUGGCGGCAAGGUGUCCCUGUCUAGUAAUUUCCAUCCUUGGUGUCUGGUGAGGUUGGAAGAGGCACCUGGUGGAGCUUUUACUAUUGUCGUGUACCGAGAAGAGCAGAAGAUAUUGAUGCGGUUGAGGAUGGAUAUCUCGGCCUUGACGGAGCUGCAGAUGAAAAUGGGGCGGAGGGAUGUGAAUGGGAUUUCGUUCGUCAGGGCCAUCAGGGGAAAGAAGUACAAGUUUGAUCAGUUUUGUCUCGAGGGUUGA